CAAAACUGCCAAUAGAUAUUUAAAACCUUGCAAUUUUAUUUACUAAUUUUAUUGUUUAAACAGUGUUUAUGAGCUAAGCUCCAUCAAUCUAGGAGAAGGAGCAAUAGAUUCAGAAAUUCUGUUCGAUUUUAGUGAUUAUAGAUCUCCGUAAUCAAAUAAAUUAAGAUUAUGGCGAUACUAUAUGCGCUGGUUGCCAGAGGAUCGGUGGUUCUAGCGGAGUUCUCGGCGACGGCGACAAACGCCAGCUCUGUAUCCCGGCAAAUAUUGGAGAAAAUUCCCGGGAAUGAUGACAGUAAUGUCUCUUAUUCUCAGGAUCGCUUUAUUUUUCACGUCAAACGCACCGAUGGACUUUCCGUUCUCUGUAUGGCCGACGACACCGCCGGAAGGAGAAUUCCGUUUGCUUUUCUUGAGGACAUUCAUCAGAGAUUUGUGAGGACUUAUGCCCGUGCUGUUCAUUCAGCUCAGGCUUAUGCUAUGAAUGAUGAAUUUUCUAGGGUUUUAAGCCAGCAAAUGGAGUAUUAUUCUAAUGAUCCUAAUGCUGACCGGAUUAAUAGACUUAAAGGUGAAAUGAGUCAGGUGCGAAAUGUUAUGAUUGAAAAUAUUGACAAAGUUUUAGAGAGAGGUGAUCGUUUGGAAUUGCUGGUUGACAAAACUGCGAAUAUGCAAGGGAACACCUUCCGUUUCAGAAAGCAAGCUCGUCGUUUCCGAAAUACUGUAUGGUGGAGAAAUGUUAAGCUUACGAUUGCGUUAAUACUCCUCAUUCUGGUGAUUAUUUACGUCGUACUGGCUUUUGUAUGCAAUGGACUUACAUUACCUAGCUGCUUGAAGUGAGGCUGAGCAUUAAGUGAGAUUCGUAUGUGUUUUGUGCUUUUUGUUCAUUGUUUUUUAAAUUAUUCUUGGUAUAUGAAGUAUCAAUAGUUGAACUUCCUCUGCUCUGUCACUAGAUAUUUAUUGUGCAAUAUGACAUUUGAACUGUCAUAUUGUGUGCGCGCUUUCGGCAGUUGUGCCUCGUGUAGAAAAACUGGUGCAAGUUGAACAUAUUGAUUCUUAUGCUUGGUAAUGAUAAAGUUAUAUUUGUUGAUGUAAAAA